AUGGUAGAUUCAUCAGAAUGUUGCAAAAAUGCUGAAUUUCUCUUUGGGUUAGUUCAACAAUCAGCUACUUUUCUUUUAGAUUCUCAUAAAAGAAUGAAAGUAUGGUCAGAUUUAACUAAACAAACCCAUAAAAGUCAUGAUAAACUUAGAAAAUUGAACUUGAUUGGAGCAACUAGGUGGUGGAGUAAGGACAAGGCAUUAUCUUCUAUAAUUCAGUUUAACGAGCCUAAUGUCAAGGAUUCCCGAUUUUUGUUAUUCUUACAUUUUUUAUUGGAAAUAACUUCUAGUGAAUCAAAAUUUGAUGCAAAAACUAAAUACACGGCUCAUACACUUUUACAAAAUUGGUCAAAAUUUGAAAUUAUUUUAACUGCAGCUAUUUACUUUGAUAUUUUUACUAUAAGUUCUCCUGUAUCAAAGUUUUUACAAUCACGCUCAUUAAAUUAUCUAAUAGCUUUUAAUAUGACAACAAAUUUACUAAAUCAAAUUAAAGAAAAAAGAUAUAAUGGCGAUGAAAUAUUUAAUAAACUUAUUUCUGAUGUUCAAAAUUUUAUAACAAAAAUUAAUAAGGAAUUAGAAUUAAAUGAUAUAGAUUUUAGAAUAAAAAAUAAGUUUAGUAAGAAUUCUGUAAGUAGAGUGCCAAAAAUAAAUAAAAUGCCUGGUGAAUUAGCAUCUGAUGAAAGACCUGACGUUUCCACAGAAAAAAGGUUUAAAGUUGAAACAUAUAAUUAUAUCCUUGAUAUUAUGAUUAAUAGUAUGGAAAAAAGAUUUGUUAGCAAUUCAGAAUUACUUAAAGAUUGUAUUUGCUUAGACCCUAAAAAUUUUAAAAAUAUUAAAAGUGGUUUACCUGAAAACUCACUAUUAAAACUUUCUGAAUUGACAAAAAUAAGUGUACAUGUUUUAACAUCUGAACUCCAACAAUUUGCAAUUCAAUAUGAUACAAUAACUAAAAAUUUUAAUGAUACAUUUUCAAAAAAUGAUCUAUCUUUUGACAAUGACUCCAACUCUGAAUCAGAACUAAAUAUUGACCACAGUUUGGAAUGCAAUACGUGUAAUAAUUGUUUAAGAUGCGCUUUUAAUAUUUUGUACGAAAUUGUUCAACAAUCAGGCUCUUUUAAUAAUAUAUACUUGGCAUAUAAAUUUGUUUUGACAUUACCAUGUACACAAGUUACAUGUGAACGUAUAUUUUCCAAAGUUAAAAACAUUAAAACUAAAUUAAGAUCAUUAAUUUCUCAAGAUAUUAUGGAAGCUUUGUUAAUGAUAAAUAUUGAAAGAGAUUAUGUUGUUGAUAAGGAAAUUGUUGUAAAUACUAUUGCUAAAAGUUCAACUGAACUAUCAAGGUUAUUGAUUUGA